AUGGAGUUUGAAUAUAAAACAUUUUUCAAAAACCAGAUUAAGAAUACAUACUUUUAUAAUUAAUUUAAAAUAACACCAAUAAAAUUGAACGUAAAAUAUAUACAUUAUAGAUUUGACAUUUUAAAUAAAUAAUUAAAACAUAAUGCAAUUAUAGUAUUCUAAAUAAGUAGUAUUGUGAUUAGCAGUUGA